CACUCACGCACAUGCAUACACUCACAUUAAACUAAGAAUAUACUGGGGAAGAGGCUAUGUGGAUCCAGAUUUCAUUGCCGUCAAACUGAUAUAGGAAAGAUGGUGACCAGCAGUCCCCUUCCCAUGCCCCCCUCUGAAGCCCUGCAGGUGAAAUCUUCUGUUGACAUAGACGACAUCAUGGACAAAGUUCUGAUUGUGUUCUACACACUGACCAUCAUCCUGGGCACCACGGGCAAUGCAGUAGUCAUCUGGAUGGGCGGUUUCCGCUUGACUCCAACAGUCACCAACGUGUGGCUGGUCAACCUGGCGGUAGCCGACCUAAUCUUCUGCCUGACUCGAAUCAUGUCGCUGACUAAGAAGCUCUUUUUCGACUACUGGCCCUUCGGAGUCUUCCUCUGCAAGUUCAACGGCUUCUUCAAGUACGCCAACAUGUUCUGCAGCGUCUUCUUCAUCAGUACCAUCAGCGUGGACCGGGCCUUGUGUGUGUGGCGGCCCGUCCUGACCAAGCAGCGCCGCACAUUGACCGCUGCUCGCCUGGUUAGCGUGGCGGUUUGGGCACUGUCCGUGGCCCUGAGCGCCCCCUACUUCUACUACCGAACCACCUUCCCUGGAAAAAACAACCUGUCCAAGUGCUCGUUGGAAGGAAAGGAUAGGGGAGGGGAGAUGUCGGGCAUGAUGGCCUUAUACAUCCUGCGUUUCGCCUGCGGGUUCCUCAUCCCCUUCCUGGUGAUCCUGUGCUGCUACGUGCUAGCCGCUAUAGGCAUACGGCGUACCCGCCUUUCCCAAAAGUCCAAACCCCUCAAGAUCCUUGCCUGUCUCGUCUGUGCCUUCUUCCUGUGCUGGGCGCCCUACCACUUCUUCCUGCUGGUCAAGAUGGUGGACGCCAAGAACCGGGUGGUGAAGAUAGGCCUCCCGCUGGCCAAGGGGCUGGCUUACUUCAACAGCAGCGUCAACCCGCUGCUCUACUUCUUCAUGGGAAUGGACCUGCGCAAACGCUUCCGGCAGGGACUGUCCGAGGUGUACAGAAGGGCCCUGGCCGAGGCGGAUGGCCUCACUGGCCAAUCGGCGGACGGGCUGGAGGAGACCGGCACCCCCAGCACGCCAGCCAAAGCAGUGGGAAACAUCUCAGAGGUCAACACGUCCACUUCAUGAAAGCUUAUAAUGGACAAAAACUCAAAGUAACUACCAUGGGAAUGUAUGACUGUGUAGCUGCCGAAUGUUGUUUUCCGAUCACGAGACCCUGGCAAAUGUGCAUGUGACUGGAACUGUGGCAACCUUCUAUAUUCAAUUCUAUGUGCUAAUAUUAUAUAUUUUUAUUUGUGUUUUCCAUCACCUUUAAGUAGCUAUUCUUCAUUUUUCAUAGCUGCAUUUCAUAGCUGCAUUUGAACCAAAUAUCUUUUCCUUUUUGGUUUUACAAAAACAUAAGCACACUUUAUUUUGUGUAUUUGUCUUAAUGUAUUUAGAUGAAUUGAAUACUUACAUCGGGACAAACAGAUUUGUUGUAAUUUAUUACAGAUUUAUUGGUGGCAACUAUUUUGAAUUGACACAUACAGAUCAUUAUCAAGACUAUGGCUUCACUGUUCACUGGAUCUCUUGUUACAUAAUACGUGGAUCUGGUAAGCCAGCAAUGGUAGCUUAUGUGCAUUAAGAUAGACAUUGUUUUGGAUAUUUUAAACUAGCCAGAUUGGUUUCUUUUCAGUGUAAUUGUUCCUCCAGUUGUCUGCUCCCCAUAAUUAUGUGAUUCCCUCCAUCAUUAUGAUCACCUUGUUUCCGUGGUAACUGUUGUCUUGUUGUUGAUUAUACUGUACAUUUCCUGGAGCUUCUUGGCUUCUUGGUACAUUUCUCGGAAUGGUACUUGAGACUGCAAACAAAUUUGGUCGUCAUGUGAAUGUUACCUCUCAACAAACUGAAAUCAAAUCACAAAUGUGAUCUUCCCUUUUUUGCCAGUGUCUUUUUAACAAUUAAAUUCUGUCGAGGACCCGGCCCUAGGCCCCCCUGAUGAGAGAUUGACGGGGGAUGGGUUAGAAAGGAAUGCAUUGUUAACCCCUCGCACACGCCAUCGAGGUGGUAGUAAGAACGCCCGUAAGAAGAAAAAUAUGUGGUUCAGAGAAUGAGCAGCCAUACUUGUCAGUAGAGGAGUCUGAAGUCGGGGGACUUAGAUUUAGGGUUUUAAGGAGCAAGGUUAAAGUUCUGACUGAGAAUACCCCAACCCUACAGGGGAGGGGCACAAUGCCUGGCUAAAGAAAAACAAAAAUAAGGAAAACGGAAGGGAUGUCAAUACCGAAAGAAAAGUAAUGAUUAAUGGCGGAUGAUUUACACUCAGCUAUUGGCUGGAUGACCUUUGUAGACCCCUUAAGGCGCCACAAAAAGGGGCACCUGAAGAGGGUGUUGGGAUGGUGGCAGGCUUUAACGUCUGGCUUGCAUGAAAUCAAAGUUUGGAGGAAGUCAAGGAGAGAUUAUGAAACUGACACAGACACCAGUGAUGAAUAGGUUCAUUAAAAACAACAUAAGGGCUAGUGUUUUUCCACUCAUAUAUUAAGUUGGGGGAAAUUCCCAAACCAGAGGGGCCCAUGAAAUAAAAUAUUGGGGACAGUUCUUUGGAGGUAUGAGAAAAUGACAAUUGGAAAAACAGAAAUAAUUAAUAUGGUCAUUAAAAAACAGGUUAUAUAAAAGAUAAAUGUCUUCCC